UCUCACUACUCACAAACUGAUAUAGAAACGAAAAGAAAGGAGUGAUGGAACUUCAACAUUUCAGUCACAAACAUCCGUUGAUUUUCAACGAAGAGCGAAGCCAUGAAAGUGAUGAUAAUGCUUUUUGCUCUGGGUGUGGGGCGGCGGUGUCAGGUCCAUGCUUCAGCUGUGUGGAGUGCGGGUUUUACCUUGACAACAAAUGUGCCAAGGCACCCAUUGAAAUGAAUCACCCCUUUCAUUGCAACCACAGCCUUAAUCUUCUUGAAAGCUCGCCAUAUGGUGAAGGUGCGUGUACUUGCAAUUUCUGUGACAAAUAUUGUGAGAACUUUGUUUAUCAUUGUUCUUGUAAUUUAGACCUCCACAUCAAAUGUGCUUUGUUUUUGUAUGAUGUUGCUGAAAAAAAAAUUGGAGAUCAACUUCAAUGGAUUGAAAAUAAAGACCCAUCCAUCUCCACUGAAAAUCAUUCUGAAGAGCUCAAAGAAGCUGAGUGCUUUGUCUGUUGGAAGCCUUUAUUAGGUUCUGCAUACCUUUCUCUUGAUUCUGGAUUUUUCCUACAUAAAAAAUGUGCUGAGCUACCUCUUGAAAUCAAUCAUCUUUGCCACCGCCAACAUUCUCUUUUUUUACAAUUUAAUCUUCUCCCUUGCAAGAUAUGCGAAGAAACCCAACGCAGGGGAUUGUCUUAUUAUUGCCCAAUUUGCAAGUUUGUCCUUCACAUUGAAUGUGUGUCACCACCACCUACCAUUGAAGAUACAAGUAGUCAUGAACAUUCAUUCACGAGGUUGUUGUUAAGAAUAUCCUCCUUCACUUGUGACGCAUGUGGCACUUCAGGAAAACAUGUUUCUUAUGUUUGCUCGACAUGUAGCCUAAUAGUCCAUAAGAAAUGCACUUCAUUGCCACGUAUCAUCAAAAGCAUAUUGCAUCAGCAUCUUGUUUUCUACAAAUACUUCGUUGUAGACAGUGAAUGUGGAGCACUGGAAUGUGUGAUUUGUCAUGAGGAGGUGAAUAAAGAGUGUGGGAAUUAUUAUUGUGCUGACUGCAAGUUUAUUCUCCAUGUGAAUUGUGCACUACAAGAUCCUCGGUGGUAUUACAAAGUUGAGUCAAGAGAUGCUUUUGAGAAGCUUAAUAAAAAUGGAGCUGAUACUAUGGAUCCAAGCUUUUUUGUUAUUAAAGAGAUCAGACAUGGAGAAAAUGUGAUAAAUACAGAGAUAAAACAUUUCAGCCAUCAGCACAAUUUGAUACUGCAUGAUGAAGUAAAGGAUCAUAAGUGUUGUGACGGUUGCAGUCAAUUGAUCGAGACUUCUUUCUAUGGUUGUUUACAAUGUGAUUUCUUUCUCCACAAGCCAUGUGCUCAGUUACCUAGGAAGAAGCAAAUCUGGGGUCACUUCCAUCAAUAUCCCCUUGACCUUAUUUCAGAUUGCGUUUUCCUAUGUGCGAUUUGUUCUUUCGGAUGUAGUGGUUUCUCCUACAAAUGCGAAAUUUGCGACGAUCUUUACUGCGUUCGAUGUGCUGGACGUUCCUCGGCCUGCACAAGUCAAGGACACAAGCACCCUCUUCUCUUUUACCUCAAGUAUGAUGGGCAGUGUAAUGUUUGUGGUGGCAGUAUUCAUGAUCUCUCAAUAUUCAGAUGCAAGGGAUGCGAUUUUAAUGUGCAUUAUCAAUGUCUUCUCCUUCCACAAACAGCUCGUCACAAAUGUGAUGAACAUUUUCUCACUCUCACAAACCAUGAAGAUAAUGAUUAUUCAGAAUAUCAUUACUGUGAUAUUUGUGAAGAAAAAAGAAGCCCCAGCAAUUGGUUUUAUUAUUGUGCAAUUUGUGACAAAUCAGCUCAUCCUAAAUGUGUUCUUGGAGAUCACCCAUUUGUCAAGCGUGGGAGCAGCAUCUUCAUAGAGAGCGAGCAUCCACACUCUCUCGUGUUCGUGCAAAAGGUUUAUCCUUAUCCUGAAUGCUGUAAAUGUGGUCAGCCCUGCUUAGGUCUGGCUCUAGAGUGUGCAGAGACAAGAUGCAACUAUAUUGUCCAUUGUACAUGUGGAUAUCCCUUCCCUCGAGAGCCAUUCCAAAUACAGUUCUAG